AACCAGUAAGGAGGUGAAGAGAAUACGAAGUGCAGCUGUAAAAUAAUAAUUAUUGAAAAAAAUACUACCAAAAAGCAUCUAAACUAUUCUUUUGUCAUUACAUCACUUUUGAAUUUUUAUUGAGUUGUAGGCAAGGGCGGACUGACAACUCAUGGGGCCCCCGGGCAAUAGGGGUCAUGGGGCCCCUGUGUCCUUGCCCAAACUCAAAAAAGCCUAUGAAAAAGGUACCAGGGGCAUCUCAUGGGGCCCCCUACUGACCCCGGGCCCUCGGGCAGUGCCAGGGUUUCCAAAUGGUCAGUCCGUCCCUGGU